GAUGACGUGUCCGACACGCUCAUAUCUUUGCGCCGCGCUUGUUGUUUUUUCGUGGAUGCUUCAUUUGGCAGAAACCCGUGAACACAUAAUCCACAUUUAGAGCUUCGACACAAUGUCCUUCAUGGAAGAUAUGUCCUCGGACCUCGGAGAGGCUCGUCAGUCAAAGUUGGAGAGCUUCCUGUUCAGCUGCGAGCUGUCCUCCAAAGUGCCUUUCUACACUUUCCAAGGAGAUGAAGAGGAGGACCUGGAACACUUCCUUGAACUCAGAACAGUUUGUCUGGGCGAGGGUGUCAAGGAGGAGAGUAAUGUGGUGGAGGUAACGGCCAUGAACCACCAAGGAAAGACCAUUUCAGUGCCCAUCGCCAACCUUCACAUCAGCUGUCUGCCCAUGGUGAGUCUGGGAGAGUUUGAGCUGAAAGCCCCAGUGACCCUCCGGCUCAGGGCUGGCACAGGACCAGUUACCGUCAGUGGGUUACACCUCAUAGCCUCACAGGUCGAAGACUUGGACCUGUCUGAUGAGGAGGACGAAGACGAUGAUGAGGACGACGAGGAGGAGGAAGAGGAGAUCACCCCCAUUAAACCGGCAAAGAAGAAGCAGAAGCAGUAGGCGGCGAGGUCACUGAUGGGUUUUUGGAAUGGCCUCACUCAAUCUCCCUGAUACGUUUUAAAGAAAUAACAGCUUUUUUGUACCAGACGGAGAUAUUUUACAAAUUUAGUACUUCUUCCACACAGCCAGGUGAACGCUGAGUGUGGUGGCAGCUGAACACGCUGUAGGAGGAAGGAACAUCACAGCGGACUCUUUAUAUUCUCUCCAUAUGUCUGUUUCUCACUGGUCUCAGCAGUUGAGGCUUUCACUUAUAGAAGAACUGUUUUUGCUAUUAAAUGCUACCCAGUGUUUUAUACUGUAUAUGAUACAGUCACCACUGACAUGGAUUUAUUGCAGCAGUGGUGGGAAGAUAUGUUUUUACCACCAGUGGAUUCAGGUGUUGUUUGACGAUACUGUUCCUGUUAAACAUUGCGUGUGUACAGAAAAAAAAAGGGUUUCCAGAUGAAUUGAUUCCAACUGAAUGGUGCAUUCAGACACAUACAGUUUAUUAAAUGUUCUUGAUGCACAAGAGUAUCUUCAUUUCCAGCUGUUUGUAGUUUCAAAAUACUGUUUUUCUAUGUGACGUGUCAAUCAUAAAUGUGAAGAUUUUGUACGUAUAGUGAAUACAUCAUGAAAAGUGUUUGUGUUUUCAUUUAUCCCCUUCUUCGAAUUCAAACAGUCAUUUUUAGCCUGUUAACACUGAAGGAUGUACAGUUUAGGUGUCUACAUGGUCACUGAAGCUUAAUGCCUUCAUCUGAGCAGCAUUCAGGCUGG